UGAUUCUGAUCCCAUUGUCUGAUCCUGAUCGAAAGAGCCUCCUCCAUUGACCAUUGUUCGUCAUUCAACGUGUCGUUUAUUUUAGGGAAGGUUUUUUACUUAGGCAAAACAUGUCUCCUUCCCGGAGAAGACGUGAUAGUUCAGAAGAGGAAAGUGUUUCCAGUUACAGGCGCAAAAACAUCGUCGCAGCUCUGUCUCGAGUAGAAGAAUAUACCACAGUCGACGUUUGUAUGAGGAUAGCGAAAGUAGUGGUCGAAGUCGCAGAAAAAGACGUAGAAGCCGUAGUCGUAGUGAUCGAAGACGAAGGAGAAGAAGAGAGGAUCGAGAUGUGUCCAGACAUUCUGAAAGGAGGCGAGACAGUGAAGAUAGGAAGAUGAAGCAGGAAGGAACAAGUCAAACAGUGGAAGAUGAUAAGGAUGGUCAUCUAAAGUACAAGCGAGGCGACUGGUUAAAUUCAAGAUAUGAAAUUUGCAGAAUGUUAGGAGAAGGUACUUUUGCUAAAUGUUUGGAAUGUAUUGAUAGAUCUACAAAUGAAACAGUAGCUGUCAAAGUCAUAAAAAAUGUGGAUAGAUACAGGGAUGCUGCAAAAAUUGAAAUAAAAGUACUUGAAAAGAUUCGUCAGAAAAAAUCAAAUGAUAAAAAUUUGUGUAUCAUGCUCAUUGACUGGUUCAACUAUCAUGGUCAUAUUUGUCUAAUUUUUGAAAAAUUGGGUCUGAGUGUCUUUGAGUUUAUGAAAGAAAAUAAUUAUCAAGGAUAUCCUAUGGAUCAUGUUCGCAAUAUUGCAUAUCAACUUAUUGGAGCAAUCAAGUUUCUUCAUGGCAUGUCCCUCUGUCAUACUGAUUUAAAGCCAGAAAAUAUGUUAUUCGUGGAUUCUUCCUAUGAUCUUUUCUACAAUUCAAGAAUGAAAAGUCAUGAUAAAAUUCUUCAUAAAUCAGAUAUUAAAGUAAUUGAUUUUGGAUCAGCAACAUUUGAAGAUGAACAUCAUAGCAGAACUGUGUCUACACGACAUUACCGCGCUCCAGAGGUCGUUUUAGAACUUGGAUGGAGUUAUCCCUGUGAUGUCUGGAGCAUUGGUUGUAUCUUAUUUGAGUUAUACACAGGCUUCACUUUGUUUCAGACCCAUGAAAAUUUGGAACAUCUUGCAAUGAUGGAACGCAUUCUUGGAACUUUGCCUUCAACUAUGUGUUGGAAAUCAAAGAAAAUGAAAUAUUUCUAUGAAGGAAGAUUGGAUUGGGAUGAACGAAGCUCAGAUGGAAAAUAUGUUAGAGAUAACUGUAAACCACUAAGAAAAUAUGUGGUCAGUAAAGAGGAAUCUCACCCAUUCUUUGAUUUGCUGGAAUGCAUGUUAACAUUCAAGCCUGAUAGCAGAAUAACUGCAGCACAAGCUUUAGAGCAUGCAUUCUUUCAUCCUUUGAACUCCUCUAACUGUACAGAUAAUACAUCUCCUCGGACGAGCAGGUGACAGUCAAUCAUUGACAUUUAGAAUGAAGAAAAUUACUUUGAUAAAUCUAUGACAAAAAGAAUUGACAAUUUGUGGAAACAUUGUGUCAGAAUCGACAUAUAAUAUCUAUAUAUACAAUGGGAAAAGUCAACACACUUUUGUUAUUUUGUUAAAAUUACCAUGUAUCAACUUCCUUAUGUAAAAAAAAGUUAUCUGUGUAAAUAAAUUUGUAUUAAAUACUCUCUAUGCAA